GCCCUCACUCUGGAGUAGGGGGGCAGUGAGGCGCCGAUCAUUCCAGCUUUUCCCCUUUCUGUGGCUGCAAAACAGAAGAAGGAUCCCUGGCCCAGCUGACAUGCUACGAUGCUCUCCAAACUACUUCUCCUCCUCUGCUUCAGGCUCUGUGUUGGCCAAGCAGACGAAGGAAGAGCUGGUGAGUGGUUCUCCAUGGCCCCUCCUGGUCCUCCCUCCCAGGGACCCCCGCUUUUCCCUCCCGUCCGUGAGCUUCCCGAGACCAGCCCUGAGACCCGCUUCCUUCCAGAGGCGCUUCCCAAGCCCUCCCUCAGGGCCUGGCCCAGCUCGGUGGUUCCCGCCGGGAGCUCUGUGACCCUGCGAUGCGGGACUCCCACCAGGGAUGUAAGCGUCGCUCUCAGGAAGGUGGGGAGCGUCUGGGAGAUGGUCCAGUCACCCAACUCCACAGAGGGCCAGGCUGAAUUCCAUCUCUCCGAUGUAAAGUCCAGCCACGCGGGAGAGUACACCUGCAAAUACCACAGGAGGGGGAACCCCCACGUGAGCUCAGGGCCCAGUGACGCCCUGCUACUGCUGGUGACGGGGUAUCUCCGUAAACCUUCCCUCCAAGCCCACCGAAGCGGCGCAGUGACCGAGGGACAAGAGGUGACCCUGCAGUGCCAGAGGCCGGCCACGGAGCUGGGGCCGGUCAUGUUCGCCCUGCUCAAGGCAGGAAGCGCAGCGCCGGUGCAGGUCCGGCCUUCGGCCGGGCGGGAGACCGACUUCUCCCUGCUGAGCGUGAGCGCGGGCGACAGCGGGAACUACAGCUGCGUGUACUACCAGGCCAGGGCCCCCUUCCGGGCUUCACAGGCUAGUCCUCGCCUGGAGAUCCGGGUGGCCGCUUCCCCGCCUUCCAUAGCCUCGGAUUAUACCACGGGGAACCACAUCAGACUAGCUCUAGCCGCCGCAAUUAUGGUUAUUGCGGGGGCUUUCCUGCUUGAAGCCUGGUGUACACAGAGGCACGUCCGCGGGGAGUCAGGAUGAAGGAUCCCCGGUCCCCAGAGCUGGAGAAGCCCGUGGAAUGACUUAUGCUGAACUGGACAGCAGAGCCCUAAGUAAAAGUCUUCCCAGCUGGAGAAGGAAGGGAGAACUUCCAGCAAGGAGUGGAUGAUGAGGGAGAGGCCCCUCAGGGGACUAGGCAAGUGGGAGGCUCUUUCCUCAGAUCGCCAAUAAAUGUGUGUUUCCUUCUUCUAAAGAACUUCUUUUAAGUGAGAGGCAUUAUUCACAUAGAGUUAAACACACACAUCUCAAGGGCACAGGCUCCAUGACUCUAUCUAUUUAUCUAUCAUCCAUCCGUCGUAGUCUAUCAUCCAUCCAUAUAUCCAUCCA